UUUUCCCCCUCUUCACUACAAUUCCGGCUCCGCAUUGCACUUCUCAUUGUCUCUUUUUUUUUUGUUCUUUCUUUUUGUGCUAGAGAGUGUAUGUGUAUUAAAUAUACAAUGUUGAUGGCUUUUGGAAAAUUAAAAGGAAAAAAUAAAGUCAAAAUCCAGAAUUAUUGUACAUGGGAUUUCCCUUGUGAAAAAUCCUAUUGAGCAACAAUAAACAACAACUAGAGGGAAUUCAGCCUUUUGAACUCCUACCGUUGUUGAGAAGAAGCAGUUAAGAGAAUCGUUUGCUAAUAUUAGCAUCAUCUUCCCUAAAAUUGCGACCCCCUUCUGGUUUUCCAUCUUUCUUUCUUCUCUCUUCUUGCACUGCAAAUCAUUUCGAUUUCCAACUUUGUCAAGCGGCCCCAUCUCUUUCCUUCUGCUCUUCAUCCCGUCCAAUUCAAGAGAGCUUUCGUUCGAAUCCCCGCGAGGAUCGCCCGUGCUUAACGUCGAUCUCGAGAUUCGAGCACCGAUAGCCCAGUUUUGGCAGCUGUCUUCUCGGGCGUUACCGUCUCCGGCGGUGGCGAGACAUGGUUAGCAACAGUUUUUGUUCAGUUUUCUGAUUGUGCAAGAGAAUUCGGGUGACGGGCAAGGAUGACGACCAAGAUGAAGGGCCUCCUCAAGGGCCUCCGGUACAUUUCUCAGAUAUUCGAUUCAGAUGACGAUGCGAAGGAACCGGAGAUGAUGAUCGGCUAUCCCACUGAUGUGAAGCACGUUGCUCACAUUGGCUGGGACGGUCCCGCCGUGAAGAACUCGCCAAGCUGGAUGAACGACUUCAAACCGUCGUCGCCGAAACAACCGUCAUCAUCCGGCGCCGGAGAUGACCAGAAGGAUGGUUCUUCUUUUGGCGGGGUUCGCGAAGAAUCAAGUAGAGGAAUUGUGGGGACCCCGAGUUACAAAAGCUCUCCGGCGACCGAAUCGUCGGAAAUACCGAAAUCGUCGAGACACCAUAACCAUUCAUUAUCAUCGGGCGACGCCGAAUCACCAACCAGGGCCAAGUCGGGGAAACACCGGCCACCGAGAAGAUCCUCCAAGGCCGAGGUACAAGAUGCGAGCAAGCCCACCACCACCCGACAGUCCAUGGACUCCGCCGCCGACACCGUCCCGUCACAACUCUCCGAUCUGCCCAAGAAAUCGAGGAGGAAGAAGCCCAAGGACUCCAGUGCGUCCGCGAGAUCGUCGUCGAGGUCAUUGAAACCACAAGGCAAGGACCCAUGCUCUCCUUCGGCCCACGAAAACGAGUCGCUGUCCACAAGAAGAAACGUACGAGAAGGCUCUCAGGGAGCAAUUGCAGUUGAAGAGGAGGAUGGGAUUGGACAUGGUCUAGUAUCUUGAUCAUUUCCUAGCUUUUUCACCUUGAUUUGCCGUAGUAUACCAGUUUGACACUCGAGACCCAACCUGAGCAUAGCAGACCAUUCGAACCAGGAACCAUCCGGACCGAACUGACCGUUUCUGAGCGAUUCGAGGGGGCAUUGGUCCAGUUCCCGGUUCCAUAAAAAUGGAACUGGUGAUUUUCGUUCCGGUUCCCGGUUCCAAGAUGAGAACCGAACCGACCGGACCGAACCAAUUAUAUAUAGUUUUAAUUGUUUGUAAUUUGUCAAAUAACAUAACCUGUUUAGUGUUUACU